GAGAUCGCCUAUGGCAGCGUGAUCCUACAGCUCCACCGCGUGGUCCCCGCCGAUGAGGGCCCUUACGGGUGCCGCUUCCUCUCUAGCAACUUCUCUGGAGAAGCUGUCUGGAAGCUGGAGGUAGCAGGGUUGGGCUCAGACCCUCACAUCUCUCUUGAGGGCUUCAAGGAAGGAGGCAUUCAGCUGAGGUGCAGCUCGAGUGGCUGGUACCCCAAGCCCCAGGCUCAGUGGAAAGACCAUCGGGGCCAGUGCCUGCCUCCGGAGUUCGAAGCCAUAGUCCAGGAUGCCCAAGGCCUGUUCAGUCUUGAAACAUCUGUGGUCGCCCAAGGGGGUGCCCACAGCAAUGUGUCCUGCUCCAUUCAGAACCCUCUCCUGAUCCAGAAGAAAGAAUUUGUGGUCCAAAUAGCAGACGUAUUUUUACCCGGACCCUCCCCGUGGAAGAGAGCUUUCCUCGGGACUCUGGUGGGACUGCUGCUCCUCCUGACACUCCUCAUGGCGGUGGCGCUGUGCUUCUUUCUCAAGCGACGGCGGUCCCAAGAAAAGCUGAAGGAGCAGGCGGAGAAGGACAAAGGGAAACUCACAGCAGAGCUGGGGAAGCUGCAGAUGGAGCUUGACUGGAGAAGGGCUGAAGGCCAGGCAGUGGACGUGACCCUGGAUCCCACCUCUGCGCACCCCAGCCUGGAGGUCUCCCAGGAUGGCAAAAGCGUGUCCUCCCGCUGGGUGGCUGCGGUACCGAUGGCCCAGGGCGACCCGCAGCGGUUCACGGAGCAGAGAUGCGUGCUGAGCCGCGAGCACUUCCAGGCCGGCCGCCACUACUGGGAGGUGGACGUGGGCCGGCGCAGCCGCUGGUUCCUGGGCGCCUGCCUGGCGGCGGUGGCGCGCGCGGGGCCGGCUCGCCUGAGCCCAGCCGCCGGCUACUGGGUGAUGGGGCUUUGGAACCGCUGCGAGUACUUCGUCUUGCAGCCGGAGCGCGUGGCGCUCACCCUGCGCGUGCCGCCCCGGCGCGUGGGCGUCUUCCUGGACUGCGAGGCCGGAAAGCUGGCCUUCUUCAACGUUUCCGAUGGCUCCCACAUCUUCACCUUCACCGACACCUUCUCGGGGCCGCUCUGUGCAUACUUCAGGCCCCGAGCCCCGGACGGCUGCGAACGCCCGGAUCCGCUCACCAUCUGCCCGUUGCUGGUUAGAGGGACACGCAUCUCCGAAGAGCACGACGGUGACACCUGGGUACAGCCCUAUGAGCCCUCGGACCCCGCCCUGGGCCUGUGGUGAGGUGCUCUCCUGGCCACAGGGCUGGGUCCUGGGCAGCUUCCUGUAGGGUGGAGGAAGCACCCCCAAAAUGUCAGCAAAGGCCACAGACUCAACACAACAGAAGGGGACAGAGAGUGGGACUUGGCCUGUGUAGAUGUGUAUGUGUACAUGCACGGAUAUGAUUUUAAGAAAAACAGUCAAUUCCAAAGCUCAGCUGUGUGUAUGACAGAAUUCAGGAAGUGAGUAAAAACAUCGAUGUUGCCACCAGCCAGGGUGUCCACUGUGAAAGAGGAAACUGGAAUGGGAGAAAGAAGGGAGAAUCAUGAUUGGGUUGAAUGCAGGUAAUUUGAAUGUUAAUACAUAUACACCAUAUAUAAUAUAUGUUCUAGUUCUAAAAAGAUCUAGAAACAAUGUCACCUCACAAGCAAUGAGUUCAGCUAGGUCUCAUAUCCCCGUUUUAAAUGUCAAUUCCCGCUAACGUGACCUUGGGAAACGGCUGAUUCCAGAGCUGGAACAGAAAAAGCACAAGGUGAGUGUGGACCAUCUUGUGCCGUACGGCACAAACAUACUCAAAAACUAAUGGGGACUCAGCAAAAGGACAUAGGAGCUAGGUUGACAAGGCUCUGCUGACCAACUGUGGGACAAUUUGAAUGUUAAAAUGAAUCAUGACAAUACAAAAAUAUACAGAAUACAAAAA